GCUGCACUGCACCAAUCAAACAAACACGGUCUCUCCUCCCCGUCCCUGAAGUUUCAAACUCCAUUUCCGCCCCUCGCAAAGGCACCGUCCGCUCCGGCGUUUCUUGGCCCGGAAGCACGCUCCUUUCUCCAAUCUCUACACACCAUGCGACAUGCCUUGCGAGCUGCUAAUGUAAUGCCCACUCCUACUCGGUUUUGCCUUGUCCUCCCUUUACUUCUUGGCCAAAGCCCCGAUUAUAGGUGGCGCGUCUCGUCACCCUACUACUUGGCCCCCAAGAGACCGCCUCCUUUCUUUACCCUUGAAUUGAUCAUCGCAAGCCUGCACUGCGUACUGCACCUCCGUGCCCUCCCGUCCUCUCUCGCUCCUGUGCUCCUGUCCAUCCAACAUCCUCCAUUCCUCCUCUGCGAUCAGCGGCGCACCGCCGCCGGUUUCUCGAUCGGUUCAGUGGCAGCCAUUCUUGCAGCUCCAGGGCGUGUGCUUUUCUGGUAAAGCGUGCUGCCCCGUGUGUGCUGUGCCUUGGACCGGAGCAAGGAAUAUUUCAGAGUUCUUCAGCACGGGGAGGUAUCUUCGAACUAGAUGCAUCACAAAGUUCCUGCGUGAGGAUCUUUGCGCGGCAAACCGCGAGAUUUCUUGGGUGGAAAUGGAAAAGGGAGGGUUCAAGAUGUUCAACAUAGUCUCAUCCUGGAACAAGAGGAGGAGAAGCAGAUCUCUUGAUCAGCUAAAUCCAUGGGUGUACAAGCCUGCUGAACUAUGGCAGGCCAAGGAGCAGAGCCCGCUGCCGAAGAAGCGCAGCAGCACGAUGGUGUUCACCCUCAAGGAGAUGGAGGAGGCCACCAACAUGUUCAGCGACCGGAACCUCAUCGGCAAGGGCGGCUUCGGCCGGGUUUACAGAGGCGUGCUCAAGGAUGGCCAGAUCGUCGCCAUCAAGAAGAUGGACCUGCCUACCUCCAAGCACGCCGACGGCGAGCGCGAGUUCCGGGUGGAGAUCGACAUCCUGAGCAGGCUAGACCACCCCAACCUGGUGACGCUGAUCGGCUACUGCGCCGACGGGAAGCACCGGUUCGUGGUCUACGAGUUCAUGCCCAGAGGCAACCUCCAGGACAUCCUCAAUGGCAUUGGGGAGGUGAGGAUGGACUGGCCGCUGCGGCUGCGGAUUGCGCUGGGCGCGGCGAGGGCGCUGGCGUACCUGCACUCGAGCACGGCCGUCGGCGUCCCCGUCGUCCACCGGGACUUCAAGUCCAGCAACAUUCUCCUCACCGAACACUUCGAGGCCAAGAUCUCCGACUUCGGGCUCGCCAAGCUGAUGCAGCAGGACCAGGACCUGCACACGACCACCCGGGUGCUGGGCACCUUCGGCUACUUCGACCCUGAGUACGCGCUGACGGGGAAGCUGACGCUGCAGAGCGACGUGUACGCGUUCGGCGUGGUGCUGCUGGAGCUGCUGACGGGGCGGCGCGCCAUCGACCUGAGCCAGGGGCCCCAGGAGCAGAACCUCAUCGUGGGGAUCCGCCAGGCGGUGGGCGACCGGAAGAGGCUGCGCCGGGUGGUGGACCGGGACAUGGCCAGGGGGUCCUACACGGCGGAGUCGGUGUCCAUGUUCGCCGGGCUCGCCGCGCGGUGCGUCUCCUUCGACGGCGCCGCCCGGCCGUCCAUGCCGGACUGCGUCAGGGAGCUCCAGCUCAUCAUGUACGCCAACAUGAAGAUCUGAGCGCUCGGGUGCCUGGAGCCUGGAGGUGGGUUUUGAGACGCUGGUGGAUUGGAAUUGCAACUUUUGUUUGGUAGAAACAAAAAUUGGAGAGGAUUGAUCUCACGGUCGUGAUGUACAGGGUUAUAGUAAGGAGUAACUUCUCAUUGCGAUAGGAAUGCAUCUUUGGUCUGCAAAAAGGGCAAUGCUUUAUUUUUUUUGGAAAAAAACAAAGUGGACACCAAACAAUAAAGGCUCUGUUUGGGACCGCAAUUUCUUCUACGAGAUUGAAGAGAGAUCUCGCAUGGCUGUCAUAUGCGUACAAAAUUUGUAAAUCCUCGUACGCGUUCAAAAUUUGUAAAAAAAUAUAUAUGACUGGAGAAAUUACAAGUGUUUCAAUUUUAUAGAAUAGAAAAAAUUUCUCGAGAGAAUAUUAUAUAAA